AUGCGCCCCAACAGUUCGUUAUUCUUUAUACUGUUAACAACGAUUUGCGCCAUACACGCCUCGGAAGAGAGCGUCUUGAGUUCCGACCCGGAUUACCUUGCCACCUGCAACACCAUAGAAGCAAGCGUCUCCAACGCUUCUGCCGUUUUCUAUCCACGAUCUACGCAGUACGCCCAAGAUAUAUCCCACUACUUCCAAUCUAGUAGCCGAAACUCGACAUGCGCUGUCGAACCAGGCACCGCAGAAGAUGUGGCGAUCAUCCUUCGAAUAGUUGGCCAGACCAGGACGCCGUUCGCUGUCAAAAGCGGUGGACACGCCUCCAACCCGGGCUUCAGCUCGACCCCGGGGGUCCAAAUAACGACGAAACGCUUCGAUUCCAUACAAUACGAUGCGACCUCACAGACCGUUUCUCUCGGCACAGGACUCAUUUGGGACGACGUAUAUGCUGCCUUCGACUCUCUGGGAAUUAACUGCCUAGGGGGAAGAGUGGUGGGCAUCGGAGUCGCGGGAUUUAUUCUCGGCGGAGGUUAUUCUUGGCAAACGAAUCAGCACGGACUUGCAGUUGAUACGGUCGUCGAGUUCGAAGUGGUGUUGCCAGGAGGUGAUAUUGUCACUGCGACAGAUUCGUCGUAUCCCGAUUUAUUCUUUGCUUUGAAGGGAGGAAGCAAUAAUCUCGGCAUUGUCACCAAAGUCGUCAUGAGAGCUUUUCCGCAAGGACCGAUAUGGGGCGGUCUGAUCUUCUUAUCAUCAGAGCAGUACGGGAGCGUGGUCGAUGCCACUGCCAACUUCGCCGCGACCGUGACCGACCCAAAGGCGGUAGUAUUACCGUCGUUCUUGUACACCGCGGGCAUGCUUGCUUCAAGCGUCAUAUUGUUCUAUGACGGACCCACUCCCCCGCCGGGCGUAUUCGAGCAAUUCCUGGCCAUACCGGCACUGUCCUCGGACAUUUCCACCCGAUCUUUCUUGUCGUUCUUUCGGACCCUCGUCAGUCCAGCCCAUCGUGGUGUCCUCGAUACUGUGCCGGUUGUGGAUUAUAGCCCUGUGAUGCUAGAUGCCAUGGUGAACGAGACUAUUUUUUGGUCUCAUGCAUUGCAAGAUUAUUCCCUCUCCACGCUGCUAUACAGUGUAGAGCCGUUCCUCCCCAGCAUCCUGUCGCACAACACCUCGCCAAGCGCCUACCCUCCGCGCCGUGACGUCGUCUAUCUCCCGACCUCGAUCACGUUCGGCUGGACCGAUCCAAGCCAAGACAGCCUCUUCAUCGACUCGAUCAUGCAGACGUAUCGCACGUUGAGGAUCAAGGCAGCGGCAGAAGGGCAACCGGUCACACCUGCCGAGGGAUAUGCAAAGUAUGGGAAUUACGCGAUCGCAUCGACACCUCUCGAACAGAUAUAUGGCGACAACUUGCCGGAAUUACAGCGGAUCAAGAGAACAUACGAUCCCGACAAUGUUAUGGGUCUGACGGGGGGAUGGAAGUUUUGA